AGUCCUUCCACUGACACGGUGGCGCAAUCGCGGCCGUCGGUGUCUCACGCGCGGUAAACACGUUCCAAACGGGAAGGUCGUCCACGUGGUGGACGCUGAUUACUGUGAGCCGCUACAUCUGCUGUGGCCACAAGGCGCAAAAGAAACAGCCGUUUGAUAAUAGCUCCCUUUUAUUUCACCACAUUUUCCAUUUUUUCGCGUCUUCCUUCUUUCUUUCUUUGCGCGAGGCGAGCGCUAAGAAGGCGAGGGUUUUUUGCGAGGGGAGAGAGCUAGCUCCUAGGGCGGCGAUGGCGGACGCUACGAUUGGCAUGGCCGUGGAGGCGCAGGCAGUCAACGGCGGGAGCGGCCACGGUGAGAUCGUGUACGAGCAGCUCCUGCCCCAUCUCUUCGUUCAGGCGCCGCACGCCAGCGACGCCAUCGAGUUCUACAAGAAGGCCUUUGGUGCCGAGGAGGUCGCGAAAUCGCACCAUCCCAAGCGCAAGGCCGACCAGGACGUUCCCCUCAUCCUCCACGCCCAUCUCAAGUUUGGGGCCGCGGAGAUUAUGGUGUGCGACGAUACCGCGGACGCUGGCCCAAACGUGAAGCCCCCAAGCAGCGUGGAGGCCACCACUGCGAUCCUCCACCUCCAGACUAACAAUGCGGAGGCGGCGAUCAAGAGGGCGAUUGAGGCUGGAGCCAAAGUGAGCGAGGAAGUGAGCGAUCAGCCUUGGGGCCAGAGGUAUGGCAAGGUUGUGGAUCCGUAUGGAUUCGUAUGGAGCAUUGCCACUCCUCUGGCCGCCGGCGCCGCGACCAAAACUAGCAGCUCUCCCGCUCCACCCGAGGAGGCCGUCGCUCUUCUCUAGCUGAAAAGAAAAAAGGAUCCCUUCCUCCUUCACACCUGGAAGGAAGAAGAAAGACAUCUCUCCGUGCUGUGUGUUAUGUGCGAGGGAAUAUCCUCUCUUUCAUCAUUCAAACCUGCCGGACAGGCUUUUAUUGUGAAGAAGGUGGUCAAUGCAAGCAACAUAGAUUAAUUUGUAUUA